UACAGUUACCUUGGAGACUAAGCCGCUACCUUAUCCUGAUAGUGAUGGCGGAGGAUUCGCUAAAGACGCUCCCAACAGAAUCAUCACGAAAACCUCGUGCUAAAAAAGCUCCAGAACUUCCUAUCUUAGAAAGACGAAACUGGCUUAUCCACCUACACUAUGUCCGGAAGGAUUAUGAGGCCUGCAAGGUUGUGAUCAAAGAGCAGCUACAGGCAACAGAGGGCGUGUGUGAAUAUGCUGUAUAUGUACAAGCACUGAUCCUUAGAUUGGAAGGGAAGAUCCAGGAAUCCCUCGAACUUUUCCAGACAUGUGCAAUCUUGAAUCCGACUAGUCAGGAUAACCUGAAACAAGUAGCUCGAUCCCUGUUCUUACUUGGGAAGCACAGAGCAGCAGUUGAAGUUUACAAUGAGGCGGCAAGGCUCAAUAAUAAGGACUGGGAGAUAUGCCACAAUUUGGGAGUAUGUUACCUAUAUUUGAAAGACUUCGCCAAGAGUAAGGAGCAGCUGAAUCUUGCCCUUCAAAUGCACAGACAAGAGCUCAGCUCAAUGGUCCUUGGAAAGAUCCAGUUAAUGGAGGGAGAAACAGAUAGCGCUAUUCAGACCUAUUUGCAGGCACUUCAUUUAUCUCCAGAAAGUACAGAGCUGUUAACCACAUUAGGAUUGCUGUAUUUACAGAAUGGUUUUUAUCAGAAAGCAUUUGAAUACCUUGGGAAUGCUUUGACAUAUGACCCCACCAACUAUAAGGGCAUAUUAGCAGCUGGCUGUAUGAUGCAGUCCCACGGUGAUUAUGAUGUGGCUCUUAGCAAGUAUCGUGUAGCUGCUGCCAGUGUCCCAGAGAGCUCCCCCUUGUGGAACAAUAUUGGCAUGUGUUUUUAUGGCAAGAAGAAGUAUGUGGCGGCAAUCAGCUGUCUGAAGCGCGCACUUUACUUUUCCCCAUUUGAUUGGCGAGUACUCUAUAACCUGGGGCUGGUUCAUCUGAGUAUGCAGCAAUAUGCCUCAGCCUUUCACUUCCUUAGUGCAGCUAUAUCCUUACAUCAUGGGAAUGCCACACUUUACAUGUUGUUGGCAGUGGCACUCACAUACCUUGAUGAUACAGAGAAUGCCAAGAACUCAUAUCAGCAGGCUGCCAGUCUGGAUCAGACAGACCCUCUCGUAAAUCUGAACUUUUCAGUUUUGCUGUACAAUCAAGGGGAUAAGAAGGGGGCACUGAGCCAAUACCAGGAACUAGAGCGCAAAGUCAACUGUUUGAGAGACACUGGGACAGAGUUUGAUCCAGAGAUGGUGGACAUGGCUCAGAAAUUAGGGGCAGCCCUGCAGGUUGGUGAGAGUCUUGUGUGGACAAAACAGAAUAAAGACCAAAAAGCUAAGCAGAAAGCAGGAGUGAAAGGACCAGGAACAGAACAGACUCCACUGGGGUCGAAUCAGGCUCUGGGUAGAGCAAUGUCUUCUGCUGCUGGAUACAGUAAGGCAGCCCUCCCAGCAGGAUCCAGUGCACCUGUCUCCAAACCUCCAUCUCUACCAUUGGAGCCCGAGGACCCUUCAAGCUCAGGUUCUGCAACAGAAUUCAAGAGGGGUGCCAGCUAA